UGCCCGCUUCCCCCGGAAGCUCUUAGGAACAACGGUGGUGGCCGUACAACAAGAUGGCGGUGCGGUGGGGGGCGGAGCAGCGGAGCCAGGAGGAGUUUUCUCCAGGAAAUGUGAAUGAUUACCAGUGAUGGUUUCAGGGUGUUGAUUUUUCUGUAUAAAAAAGGAAGCUGUGAUGUCUGUAGUACAUCGUCUGGCAGCAGGGUGGCUUGUGGAUCAUCUGUCUUUCAUCAACCAGUGUGGCUAUGAGAUCUGUGACCCCUUUGCAUACCCUGGUGGUGUCACUCUCAAUACUUCUGUCACAUCUGCUGGACGUUUCCGUGCUACAUCUGCCACCUCCUCGUCAGGAGAUGGUCCCAUUCCUGAUCCUGAAAUUGUGGUAGAAGCACAAAGUAAAACAGCAAAACCACGAUACAUGUUUCGGGAGGAGUUUUUCGAUAUUCUUAAGCCCCACAUAGCUGCAGCUCCUGAGGACCAGCUGUGGCAGGGGUGCCCUGGGAUGAAUCUCACAGAAAUAAAGGUCAACAACAGCACAGAGGAACACCAAGAAGGAACUACAAGUGGCAUUGGAGUUUCUGUUGUUAGUGCUAGGAAGAAACGUAAAAGGAAAUGUGUUUUCAACCAAGGUGAGCUGGAUGCUUUAGAAUACCAUUCAAAUGUCAGGAAGCUCAUUUGGGAAGGCACUUUGCAUUUAGUCCAAGAAGGUCUCAAAAGUGGUUUUCUUCGCUGCAGAGCUGCAGAACCCAGUUGCAGGAAGAAUGUUAUUCCCAGACACAUUGUCUGUGGGUUGGCUGAAUUAUGUGAAAUGGCAAAGCAAUUUCCAGCUGUGAAUGAAAGCGACCAUCAAGCUGUAUAUGUGUUAGGUGACGAAACCUCCAUUCCAGAGCAGGACCUGCUUUCGUGUGUUACAGAAAACAGCUCGAACUCUGCGAAGAUAGUUGUGUUAAUGGGGCAGAAGUACUUGGUGCCACCGAAAAGCAGUUUCCUUUUAUCUGAUAUUUCAUGUUUACAGCCUCUACUGAACUACAAGAAAAAAUACGAUGUAAUUGUGAUUGAUCCACCGUGGGAGAACAAGUCUGUUAAAAGGAGUAACAGAUACAGUCACUUGUCUUCAUGGCAAAUCAAGCAGAUUCCUGUACCAGCACUAGCUGCUCCAAAUUGUCUAGUAGUCACGUGGGUGACUAACAGACAGAAGCACUUACGUUUUGUUAAGGAUGAACUGUAUCCUCAUUGGUCUGUGAAAACACUUGCUGAGUGGCACUGGGUAAAAAUUACUAGAGAUGGAGAAUUUGUAUUGCCUUUGGAUUCUUUACACAAAAAGCCUUAUGAAGUUCUCGUAUUGGGGAGAGUUCAAGGAGACAUAAAGGAAGCCUCAAGGAAAUCUGAAGAGAUACUUCCAGUUCCAGAACAUAAGUUAAUUGUCAGCAUACCCUGCAGUCUGCAUUCACAUAAACCCCCUCUUGCUGCGGUUCUGGCAGAAUUUAUCAAGCCAGAUGUGGAAUGCUUGGAGUUGUUUGCUCGCAACCUACAGCCUGGCUGGACCAGCUGGGGAAAUGAGGUUUUGAAGUUUCAGCACAUUGACUAUUUCACUCUUCUGCAGAAUAAAGACUGAGUUGAGUCUUUAAUUAAGUCUAAAAUUCUGCACCUUCCCGAGGCUCGUGAACUUGGCUUAUUAGUGACGAUGUACUCAGAAGGUAACAGGAGUAAAACCAACUUCAUUCCAGUUAAAAUUCUUGGAAGUUACCUAUAUCUCCAUUCAUAUAAGCUGGUCCUUUAUUUUGAUGAUCCUGAGAUAUUUGAUAAUAUUACUAUGUUUUUUUCCAAGCCUCAAGAAAAGAAAGAUAUUUUCAAGUAUCCUCACUGCAGCUAUCAAAUCCGAGUGUCGCAGAUGCUACAGUGUUGCAGUUGUAGUCUUUUUGAAGAACGAGAAUGUGUUAUUUUUAAAGAGUGGCGAUGGUUAUAACCAAUUCUGAAUUACAUCUGUUUCCUUAAAGAUUGUUUUGCAAAACAGUGGAUUUUGAACUAAAAUAAUUAUGAAAGCAGUGUGUCUUCCUACAUGUUUUUAUCUGUCUACCUCAGAGGAAGUAAAAGGAGCAGCGCUUGUGUUAAUUGGCAAAUGAAUUGUUGAUUGACCACAUUAUAUGUAAAAUUACACUUUUAAAUCAGUCAGCAAUUCUGUCUUUCUGUAUAUGAUGUUAAUUCUUCUAAUACAUGAUAAAUGAUCAGUCAACAUCUUACAAAUUCUGCACAUGAACCUGUUCGAUUUAACUGAAACAGAUUAUAACAAAAAAAUUGUCUUUCCUUAUAUUUUUGAAACAUCAAAAAGCUAUGCCAGUGAAUUGUAUUUUUUUUUAAAGAAUGGUACACUUUGUGGGUCCUUUACUUAAAAGGCAAAAGCCUUUAGAUUUGCUUUGAAAACUAAAAACAGGAGACUUAAUGAAGCCUCUGCCACUUGCUCAUUUGCAGCAGUAGAGGCAGAGCUGCUGGACAAGCUGAUUUUCCUGGUGGCAUGCUCCUAAGUUCUAACUGUUUCUAAUGGGAAACAAUACGCAUUGCAUUUUUUACAUUCAUUUCCCUUUUGGUAGUCUGAUGAGCUGUGAAGUUUUUAAAAAUUAACUUGAAAAAUAAUCUGCUAACAUUUAAAUCAUUUUGUAAUAAGCAUUAAAGUAAAAACUUGUCAGUGUCUUAUUUGCAGACCCAGUUUCUGUGUUACUGUUUCAAUUUCAUGUUUUGCCUAUUUUAGCAGUGGACUUAAGGAAUAUGCUUUUUUUCUUCCCCCUCGGUUAAACAUAUACUCAAAGUAACUAAAUAAUGUAACAGUGAAAGUAGUUGCUAGGCAAAACACUUCUUGCUGCAUGAUUUCGUUUAGCCUGCAUUUUAAACUGUCAGUAUGUAAGCAACCUUACCUACAACUGUAAGGGAUAAGAAGGUUUUUCCUGUGCUUUCAGUUUUGUGAGACAUUCUCUACCUGGACCUUCUGAGUUCCCAGGCGGAAUUCCCCUGGCCUCCCAAGGUGGUCUCAUCUGGUACUAAGUAAAUGUAUGAGACUAAAGUAUGGAAUAACUAAUAACUGCUGCACCUACCCUUUUUUCCCUUUGUAUUCUAUAAAAAGCACCAGAAAUGACGAUGCUGUCUGUUCCACAUCCGCUGCUGUGAAUGGCUCUGGAUUGUCUUUUAAUUGCAAAUAAAGAAAAGGGAUGAACAAUCUUGGAAGUCAGGAAACUACCUUCCUCCUGCUUUGAGCUAAGCAGCAGAACCGUUCUAAAGGAAUGGCCUUCUUCAAGCUGUUUAAGGACUGAUGACCUAUUUAAUCUCUUUUCUGUGGAGUCACUUUGCAAGUCACUGCCUUCCAGGCCUUCCUCUGUCUCCUGAGCUGCCAUACUCAGAAGCUGAGCAGCCGAUUCCAGCAGCUUGGAAGCCAGCCUUCUGAGUAUAGUUUGUAUGCAGAGGACAUACGCAGACAGGCUGUGAGCUUCUCAGAUUGGAAAUCUAAAGAUGGAGUCUAAAUAAUACCUGAUCCUGUCAUAAAUAGUUACUAAAUUGUGCCUUGGACAGCUGUUUGCUCAGCUACUUUUCCAGCACUCUGACUAUGAAGAAGGCCUUGUGAAUAUGUCAGAAGUGGUGUUCUAUGUCUGCAGCCAACCUGAAACUAUUGGGUUUUCUCAGGAGGAGGUUCAUUAUAUUUCCGUUUGUUGCUAACUCGGAAACCUCAUGGUGGUAUUAGCAGUUGAUAGUUUCAGGGUAAUCUUUAAAACAUAACUGUUGGCCUGUUAUGCUUAAUUCAUAAUUUAAAUAGCCUCUUACAGUUUUCCAGCUGUUCAAAAUCCUGCCUGUCCCCAGCCAGCCAUCAGAUCUUUCAGUGUCAGUCAGAUAAUUCCUCUGGGGCAGAAUCGGAAGUGUACUGAAAAAUCAGCGACGAGUGAAGCUAGCUAAUAUAAAAGGACAAUUGAAGAUCCAGUUUCUUUUUGUAAAAGAAUAACAUUGCACAACACUUUUGUGGUGGAAAGAUGCCCUCUGUUGUGUCAGGCUACUUUUCUGCUCUGAACAGUUUACAAACUUGGUAAGAAAUGAAAAAGCAAGGGAGAAGAUAAGGAUGGGGAGGAAUACACGAUAGUAAUGAGGUGAAUAUAGUAACUAAAAGCCUAGGUAUUAGGCACCUCUUCAGUAUUCCUAACAAAUUAUAGUUUUUUUCCCUUGCAUUUUUAAAGAGAUUUUAUGGGGUUUUUUGCUUUAGUAUAUUAUAAAUAGCACUCUUGAAAGAAAAAUAGGUGAAGCGUAUGUUUUACUGACAGCAUUGACAAAAGAGAAGAGGGUUUUUUUCAGUUCCAAAAUUCCUUUGUGGCAGUUUGAACUAUGAUUGUUCAAGAAUUUUCAGAAAGUACUUUAUUUGGUACUGCUGUUAUUUUAGCAGGAUGAUGAUAAGGAAAUGCUUUGGCUAGGUGUUCUCCACUACUUAAGGCCUUUUAAAGUUAUGUCUUACUGCAAAAAAAAAAAUCUCAGUUCAUAGAGCAAUAAUACGGAAUUUUAAGCUGCUCCUAUAUGUAGAGUACAUCAAGUAUCAUUAUCAAACUUACUUUUAUGAAGCUUCAGGUUUGAGUAUGAUUUUGAAAUGUCAAAUUAGCA